AUGGCGUAUGUAUCCAUAGAGUCCGACGACCGAAUGGAAGAGGGCCCGGAGGGCCUCCAGUUCCAAUCUUUCCUUGAUUCCGACCCUCGAGCACCCAACGCUGGCGGGAACGCAGGGGUCAAUGCGGGACGAGGAUAUGUCCAAGACCGAAGCAGCCCAGGAAGCCAUGGAUUCUGGUCAUUCGAAUAUUUCCAGCCCUACUUCGACGUCGACACUAAAACCGUCUUCCGACGCUGUUAUAUGACCAUGUUCCCGCCCUCCGCCACCUCUUACCUCUCCACACACCUCUCGCCCGGUGCCGACCUCUACGGGCCAUUUUGGACGCUCACUACGCUCAUAUUCUCGCUAUUUGUCUGCUCGUCCCUCGCGUCCGCCAUAGCGUCGUGGCUAUCGAAUCCAGAUGCCGCUGCCAUCAUAGCGUACGACUUCGGCCUGAUAUUCACGGCGGUGGGCCUCGUGUACUCGUACGGCCUCGCGGUGCCGAUAUUGCUGUGGUUCGCGCUGAGGUACCUCGGCGUAGGCGAGUGGAGUGUGAUCGAAGCCGUCGCUUUGUGGGGAUAUGGCCAGUUUGUGUGGAUUCCGGUCUCGGUCUUGUGCGUCAUUCCAAUUCCCCUCGCGCGUUGGAUUCUGGUUGGCGUUGCGUUCCUUCUCUCGGGGUAUUUCCUUGUCGCAAACGUGUAUCCAGUGCUUGCAUCGGCUGACGCAAAACCUGUUCGGUUGAUCAUCAUUCUUCUGGUGCUUCUGCACGCCGGCAUUGCGCUCAGCUUCAAGAUUCUGUUCUUCAGCUACUAUGCGGUCAGGGAGAUUGGAGUGCCUGAUCCGAUCACAGCACCUCCUGUUACUUUAUAA